GUAGAGGAGGAAUGUGUCAGUGUGGAGGAGGAGGAGUGUAGAGGAGGAGUGUGUCAGUGUAACCAGACUGAGACAGAUCAGCGGUUCUCUUCAAACUCAUUAGUAAGCUGGUCUUCAUCACCACCAUCUAUCGUCAGUCCAACAUUUCCGCCUGUGUGUUCCAGAGAUGGACAACGUGACAAACUGUCCAUCUAUUGAUGAGUUCCGGAAUCAGGUGUACUCUACAGUGUAUUCCAUCAUCACAGUGUUUGGCCUUGCCGGUAAUGGUUUUGCCCUGCUGGUAUUGCUUAAAACCUACCAGCAGUGUUCUGAGUUCCACGUGUACAUGUUGAACCUGGCUGUGUCUGACCUGCUGUGUGUCUCCGUGUUACCUCUACGGGUUCUCUACUAUGUUAACAAGGGUCAGUGGAACCUUGGUGACUUCCUGUGCAGAAUUUCGUCCUAUGCCCUCUACGUAAACCUCUACUGCAGCGUGUUCUUCAUGACCGCCAUGUCCGUCACCAGGUUCAUCGCUAUUGUAUUUCCUGUGCAGAACCUUCGAAUGGGCUCAGAGCGGCGUGCCCGAGUGGUGUGUGUCUUCAUCUGGGUGUUCAUCUGCACGGUGUCCUCUCCCUUCCUCAUGUCUGGUCAGCACUUCGACCCACACACCAAUAAGACCAAGUGUUUUGAGCCUCCGGAGCGCAAAUCAGGGGAGGGGAUUGAGAGGCUUGUAAUGCUGAACUACUUCUCAUUGGCCGUGGGCUUCGUGCUUCCCUUUCUGGUCAUCUUGAUCUGCUACGUUGGCAUCAUCCGAGCGCUGAUGUUACGGCAACAUGCUGCUCAGCGCCAGAAGGGGACUAGAUCAAAAGCCAUCCGUAUGAUCGCUGUGGUGAUGCUUGCAUUCCUAGUCAGCUUCAUGCCAUACCACAUCCAGCGAUCCCUUCACCUCAGUUUCCUUUCCCAGAAAGCUACUUCCUGUCCAGAGGUGGUGCACAUGCAGAAGUCUGUUGUGGUGACACUCUGUCUGGCUGCAUCCAACUCCUGCUUCGACCCGCUGCUGUACUUCUUCUCUGGGGAGGGAUUCCGACGCCGCCUGUCCACAUUCAGGCACCGGUCCAUUACAGGCAUCCGGAGACCUCCGGCCCACCUUCCACCUCCUAAAGACAUCAAUGAGGAGGAGAAUAAGCUACAUGGCUAGUAGCUAAUGGAGGUGGAGGAGCAACGAGGAGAAGCUAAGAAGAUGAUGGAGAGGGAUGGAGCAAGAGAGGGGAUUGUAAAUCUAUAUAUAAACACAGAAGAAGCAGAUCUACAUGGAAACAUGGGAGAGGUAGAUCUAUAUAGAGACUCAGGAGAGGUAGAUCUGUAUAGAGACUCAGGAGAGGUAGAUCUAUAUAGAGACUCAGGAGAGGUAGAUCUAUCUAGAGACUCAGGAGAGGUAGAUCUAUAUAAAGGCAUGGGAGAAGUAUAUUUAUACAGUGACUCAGGAGAGAUAGAUAUAUAGAUUCAGAAGAGUAAGAUCUAUCUAGAGACAUGGGAGAGGUAGAUCUAUAUAAAGGCAUGGGAGAAGUAUAUUUAUACAGUGACUCAGGAGAGAUAGAUAUAUAGAUUCAGAAGAGUAAGAUCUAUCUAGAGACAUGGGAGAGGUAGAUCUAUAUAAAGGCAUGGGAGAAGUAUAUUUAUACAGUGACUCAGGAGAGAUAGAUAUAUAGAUUCAGAAGAGUAAGAUCUAUCUAGAGACAUGGGAGAGGUAUAUCUAUAAAUGGACAUGGAAGAGGUAUAUCUAUAUAGAAAUGUAUGCUUGCAUGUGUUUAUGUGUAAUGUUACUAUGUGUUAAGUAUUAUAUGUUGUUGUCUAUACAAUAUGAAUU